UCCAGUAAAAUAAAGAGAGAGAGAAAUAAUUGGGUUGCCUGGAAAUACCUGGAAAUACCUGGAAAUACCUGGGGUACCUGGACGAACCUGGAGGUACCUGGACAUACCUGGAAAUACCUGGAAGUACCUGGGGUACCUGGACGUACCUGGAAACACCUAGAGGUACCUGGACGAACCUGGAGGUACCUGGAGGUACCUGGAAAUACCUGGACGUACCUGGAAGUACCUGGGGGUACCUGGAAAUACCUGGACGAACCUGGAGGUACCUGGAAACACCUGGAGGUACCUGGACAUACCUGGAGGUACCUGGACAUACCUGGAAGUACCUGGACAUACCUGGAGGUACCUGGACAUACCUGGAAGUACCUGGACAUACCUGGAGGUACCUGGAAAUACCUGGAAGUACCUGGAAACACCUGGAGGUACCUGAACAUACCUGGAGGUACCUGGAAAUACCUGGAAGUACCUGGAAAUACCUGGAAGUACCUGGACAUACCUGGAGGUACCUGGAAAUACCUGGAAGUACCUGGAAACACCUGGAGUGAGCGUGAUGUGGCGGCGAUGUCGUCGGUGAAGCAGCGGUACCGUGACAUCAGUCCCGUGACGCUGCAGGUGGUGGGCGGGGCCGUCAGUUCCAGUCUGUACUGCGGAGAGGUGGAGGGUCUGACAGGGGGUCUAGUGGAGUCCUUCUUGGUGGAGCUGUACCGCUGUAAGCUCUGUCAGUUCACCUGCGGCCUGAAGGCCUCCAUCAGCAGCCACCUGCUACUCCGCCACCGCCCCCCCACCCUGGCCUACCACAGGUCUGAGGAGGCGGGGCUUCAGCUGGACCUGAACGCAGAGUCCAAGCAGAGCGACGAGGACGAGGACUUCCUGCUCUACAACAUGCUGGACAACAUGAGCCCGUCCACCUGUGACAUCAGCAGCGAGGGGGGGCUGCAGGUCGCGCACACCUGUGAGGUCAGCACUCUGUUCGAGGAGGAGUCCUCCAUCUUCCCUCUGAAGGGCGGUUCAGUGGAUCUCUCCAUCGAACCCCCCUCCACCCAGGAGGAGAUGGCGCAGUCCGCUCACCUCAUGACUCUGGGACUGUGUCGCAUCUCAGCUGCCAAAGCUCCUCCUGCUCCUCCUGCUCCUCCUGCUCCUCCUGCUCCUCCUGAGCCCGGCAGCCUGAAGAGGAGCGAGGUGAGGACAUCCCCCUGUAGGAGACGGAGGCUGCCGUGUCUCCUGUGUCCUCUGGCGCUGCCGUCCAGGCGGAUGCUGGACGUCCACGUACAGUCUCACCGGACGGCUGGCGGCUUCAGCUGCGUCUGCUGCGACUGGACGGUGGACAGUUGGGAGGAGCUGGAGCCUCAUUGGAGGAGCCACUGCAGGAGGAGGAGGAGGAGGAAGAGGGAGGACCAGGAGGAGGAGGUGAGGCUGUUUAGCUGUCCGGUCUGUCUGAGGACUUUCAGGAGCGCCGCCUCGCGAAACCUUCACCAACAGAAACACAAGGGCUGUGAUCAGCGUCGCCACAGCAACCACACAGACGGAUGGAGGAGCCGGCUGAUUGCACGAGCAGGAGGGAAGGACUGCACAGACAGGUAGGACAGUGUCCUCAAAUCAAUAUCUGAAUAUUAUCAAGUAAACAUAUCAAUAAUUGUAUUGUUUAUAUUGUGUAAUUGUAACAUUGUUUUAUUAAUUAGAAAAUAUAUUAUAUAAUAUUAUUAAUGCUAACUUCCUUAUAAUAGAGUUUGAAUGGAGGUUCUAGCUGAAAGUAUGAAUGAGUAGUUAAGUUGAUAUUGAUAUUGAUGUUAGUGCUGUCAGUUUAACGCGUUAUUAACGGCGUUAACACAAACCCAUUUUAACAGCGUACAUUUUUUUAUCUCGAGAUUAACUCCUAGCACACUUUGUAGUUUGUUUCACAUGCUGUUGCAACAACUAGUAACGUUAGAAAAACUACAACACCACACCGGAUCUAUCUAGACCGGAAACAGAACAACAGGCACGCCGCACACACUUGUUUAAGAGUAGUAGACGUUACGUUUUGAGUGGAUGGCGAGCGCGAGACGCCGAAAUGGAUGGAUUCCUUGUUGUCUGAAAAUGUCAACAGGCUUGUCUGUUUGAAGAACCGGCUCAAAGCAAAGAAGUAGUAGGCUUUCCUUUUAUUGGUAACCGUUACUGUUCAUUCUUUCUGAAAUAAGAGGCUGGGUUGAGCCUCUGCUGAAUAAACUGCUAUGUUCAAAGCAAACUUGAGAAAAGUAUUAAGCCAUGGUUUAACUGCACUAUAGAGUCCUAGUUUACCUUACAUGUGCACUUUGUAAUUUUAUUUUGUAUCGCCCUGUUUUGAUCCCUUAGAAAGGGCUGUUGAAGGGGCUGUUUGGGUGACAAAGUACCUUUACCCUUUUAUUGAUGGACAGUGUUACAUUGUGUGAGAGAUUAUUUGCUCCAAGUGAGAAUGUUAGUGUGAAAUUGAACACUACAGUAUAUGCCAAUGUUGUUUUUAUUGAAAACAACAUUUGCACAAAGCAAGCCGAUCCACUUUUCCAUGUUGAUAAGAGCAUUAAAAUGAGAAAAAAUAAUGGGACAGAAAUCAAGGGACAUUUAGAAUAGAUAAAAAUGUGCGAUUAAUUGCGAGUUAACUAUGACAUUAAUGCGAUUAAAUAUUCUAAUCGUUUGACAGCACUUACUGAUAUUGAUAUUGAUAAAUGGGGGGAAAUCGUCAGAAAACGUGGAAUAUUUUCAGAAAUUCUGAAGGUGAUCAAAAAUGUGAAUUGAAGCAGUAAUGUCUUAAUUAAACUUUCUACGUUAAAAAAUGUGUAAUAAUAAUGUAAUAACAGUGAAGAAAUGUGUGCAUAUUGAUCCAUAUACAUGGUGACUCAGCAACUACCUAAUUUACAUAAAUUAGAACCAGAAAUUUAAAUAAGUUCUAGCUCAACUUUCUGACUGUAUUCAGGGAUUUUACUGAAAGCUAAUGUAGCUAACUGCUAAUUAACUGCUGCUAACUGUAUCUGCCGUUAGCGGGCGACAGAACCUGAGGGAUAGAACCUGAGGGACAGAACCUGAGGGACAGAACCUGAGGGAUAGAACCUGAGGGAUAGAACCUGAGGGACAGAACCUGAGGGACAGAACCUGAGGGAUAGAACCUGAGGGACAGAACCUGAGGGAUAGAACCUGAGGGACAGAACCUGAGGGACAGAACCUGAGGGAUAGAACCUGAGGGACAGAACCUGA